UGCAGGUUGCAGCUUGUUGAACUGCAACUUGCCUAACAUCGUAAACGGUCUAGCCUCCUAGUCAAGAUUUUUAGUCUUGGCGAGACCCCAAGGCCCGCCUUUGAUUUGAGUUGACCCUAGCUGACCCGCAGGCUCACCUCGGAACCAAGCUAAUCAGAUGCAGACUAGCGCUAAGCCUUAGGGCAGUUUUAGACUACGGCGAUCCAUCAGCGGCGGCCAGGGGGUGCGCCCAGCCACUUCAAUUGUCGGUGAACGGCCGAUCCCUCCCUUCUCAUUCGCAGUUCCAAUCAUUCACGAUGCCUUCGAGCCCUUCGUAAGCUGCAAUAUCUGCAAUAUCUUCUCUUUUCACUCACCCAGACCCGUCUCUCCUGUGGAUAAGUCGUGCGUGAAGCUCCAUCCGAGUGUUCGCAGACUGGCCGGUGCGUUGUGCAGCGAACGAGAAAUCGAUCAUCCGACGGAGAAUAUAACAAAAGAUCGUGUUGAUCCUCCCACGAUUUGAUCUGCUCGGCAGCUUUGCUGUGAGAUUCCUCGUUCCUUUUCUUAGUUUCAAUUCUUGUCAAUCUGCCCCGCUAGGUCGAUUGAGAAAAGCUACGAGACUCAAACUUGAGAACAAUUUGUUACAAGCUCGACCAAGCUCGAGUAAGACAGUUUAUAUAUCUAUCUUAUACGUAUCUACUUGCCGUAUAUAUAUUUUACCUCAUACUACCAACACACGCCUCGCAAUCAUGGGUAUCCUCGACAACUUUGACGGCGAGUCCGUGAUCUCGAAUUCGACCCGCCGCUCACGCUCGCACAACCACAAGACCUCCAAAUCGCGAGACUCGUCGCGCUCCCACAAGAGCAGUAAGAGCAAGCGACACUCAGGACUCGCUGGCUUCUUCGGCGUCGAUGGUGGCCAUCACAGCAGCAGCCAUAGCGUUGGCGGCAGCCAUUACAACAAGCACAACAGCUCCCGCGGCUCAUUCUUCGGUCUGGGCAAUGGCAGCACCCGAAGUUUCUUCAGCAUAGGCCGUUCCAACUCCUACUACAAGCGGCAACCGCGCUCCUCCUUCCUGCAGCGCACCCUCAAGAAGCUCAAGCGUCUCUUGCGCGACCUCAUGUACUACGCCAAGCGCCACCCGAUCAAGGUCUUCAUGCUCGUCAUCAUGCCGCUCAUCACCGGCGGCGCCCUGACCGCCCUGCUCGCCCGCUUCGGGCUCCGCCUGCCCCCCAGCAUCGAGCGCAUGCUCGGCAUAGCCGCCCGCGCCGGCUCCGGCGACUCCGUCGGCUUCGUCGGCGAGGCCGUCCGCAUGGCCGGCGGCCUGGGCCGCGGCGAGACCGUCGCCGUCGCCCGCGACCACCGCGGCGACUACCAGUGGGAGCGCCGACGCGAGUACUACGAGGAACCCCGGCGGGGACACGGGGGUUUCUUCGACGGCAUACGCGAUUUCUUUUCCUAAGCAAGCAGCCUUUACCUUCCUUCCUUGUCUUACUCUUGCCUUGUCUUACUUUACGUUGCCUCAUAUACCUACCUCCCUGCCUACCUAUAUAUAUCUACCUGCCUUGGAA